AGCUGAGCUCCCUGGAUGCACAGGGGCACCUGGGAACAUAAGAAGGGGAACAGUUUGCAAGGGGAAGUUUAAAUUACUGUCCCCCAUAGCAUCUGUUCCUUCAGGACACUAACCCUCUGCAUCUGUGUCUUCUGUGUCACCAGUGGCCAACAGUGUUGCAAACAGGAACCCGAGGUUUUCACUUCACUGUUGAUGGGAACAAGAGGGCAUCUGCUAAAGUUUCAGAUUCCAUUUCUGCUCAGUAUCCAGUAGUGGAUCAUGAAUUUGAUGCAGUGGUGGUAGGCGCUGGAGGGGCAGGCUUGCGAGCUGCAUUUGGCCUUUCCGAGGCAGGGUUUAAUACAGCAUGUGUUACAAAGCUGUUUCCUACCAGGUCACACACUGUUGCAGCGCAGGGAGGAAUCAACGCUGCUCUGGGGAACAUGGAGGAGGACAACUGGAGGUGGCAUUUCUACGACACCGUGAAGGGCUCCGACUGGCUGGGGGACCAGGAUGCCAUCCACUACAUGACAGAGCAGGCUCCCGCCGCCGUGGUCGAGCUGGAAAAUUACGGCAUGCCGUUUAGCAGAACUGAAGAUGGGAAGAUUUAUCAGCGUGCAUUUGGCGGACAGAGCCUCAAGUUUGGAAAGGGCGGGCAGGCCCAUCGGUGCUGCUGUGUGGCUGAUCGGACCGGCCACUCACUAUUGCACACCUUAUAUGGAAGGUCUCUGCGAUAUGAUACUAGCUAUUUUGUGGAGUAUUUUGCCUUGGAUCUCCUGAUGGAGAACGGGGAGUGCCGUGGUGUCAUCGCACUGUGCAUAGAGGACGGGUCCAUCCAUCGCAUAAGAGCAAAGAACACUGUUGUUGCCACAGGGUAGGACUCUAAUUUCUACUUAUUUCAUUUAUAAAAAUGAAUAACUUUCAUUUAGAGUUUCUUU